AUGGAUAUAUAGCACACCCCUCGUGGUUGCUCGCCAUUAAGUACCUCCUCCCCAUGUCAUCCACCCCCUGACGGUCCUGAAAAUUUUAAAUGUUAAAAUAUUAUUUGACAAGUCCUUCAAAUAUUUUAGCUUGUCAAAUUAAUAUUUAACAUGUUAAAAUAUUUGGGACCGUUAGGGGGUGGAUGGCAUGGGGAGGGGUGCUCAAGGCCGAUCCAAAAUGGGGUUUAAGCUAUAAAGAAAACUUGAAUUCCGCCAAAAUUGGAUCGCAAGCUUUUAAGCCAACUGCAGCCUUCUCUAAUAAAAAUUCGCCAAUUAAAGCUCAAGCAAGCUCCACUAACGCAAUUUUACUAGCUCAAAACCAAAACAUCCCUAAAACUUUUGAACCCAAAUCAGACCAAAAAAUGACCUCUCUAUUGGAAUCUGCUAGUAAAGAAGGCUCCUAUACUUCUUUUUGCUAUGAGCUAUCUCCAGAUGAUGACAAAACAAUCAUGAGCUCCGAAGAUAGCAUAGUUCAAAAUUUAAAUAUAUCCGAUGAAACCAAUCACUCAUUCAGUCAAAUAAAUUUUAAAGAUACCAAAAUAAGCGUUCUUACAAGAAAACUUGCAUUAGCUGAGGCUUCCUUAAAAGAAUUCCAGUCCGCUCUUACAGACGCACAUAUUGAAUGUGACAAUUAUGUCGAAAAAUUUAAUUUAGUAAAUGCAGACAAAGAAGCCCUUGAAAUUAAUUUAGCUGCUGCAAUAGAAGAAAGAGAUUAUCACAAAGAGAGGUCUGAAUCUUUAUAUCAAGAAUUAAUGAAAGUUAAAACAAGCUUAGAAAUUAGAGAAAAGCUAUUCAAAAUGCAAGAAAAAGAAUUAAAAAAAAAGGAAAAUUUAGCGGCUGAAGUUAUAAAAGAAACUCAAAAAAAUGAGAAAGAAAAUAGCGAAUUUACGGAGGAUAUAUAUAACGAGUUAAUUGCUAGAGAAUAUAUGAAAAUAGAAGAGAUAAGAGCAGAGUUGGAAAAAGAAAAAAUUAAAAAUGAAUUAGUUAAAAAUGAAAUUAAAAAAGAGAAAAAAGAUUUAGAAAAAAAGCUGCAAAAGAAUGCGAUGUUUGAAUAUAAAAAGAUUCAAAAUGUUUUUCUGGUGCUUAUUUUUGCAAUUGUGAUUACAUUUUUACUUACAAUUAUUCUAAAAUAA